AUGCUUAUUGUUCCGUCCAGCUCGAAAUUCACCUAUCAGAACCUGCUGGAUCUGAACGAUUCGGCUCGAGCGACGUUCUCGCCGCUGAGUGUGAUUGCACACAUCGAUAUUAACGCGUACUUUGCGCAGUACGAGCAGCUGCGGCUGAACCUGACCCCGAAAGACCCCGUCGUUUGCCUGCAAUGGAACUCGUUGAUUGCGGUUUCGUACGCCGCUAGGGAGUACGGCGUGAGCAGGAUGGACUCUCUGCAGACUGCCAAGCUCAAGUGCCCGGACCUCGUGGUGGCACACACGGCGGUUUUCAAAAAGGGCGAGGAGACAUGGAAGUAUGUGGAUUAUUUGCCGCAGCCCGUGGAUCACAAAGUUUCGCUGGAGCCGUACCGGCGAGAAAGCCGCAAGAUGAUGCGGUUCUUCAAGGAGUUCUGCGAUGAGGUGGAGAAGGCCAGUGUGGACGAGUGUUUUAUGGAUUUUGGCCGGCUUAUUUAUUCGCGGAUGGUUGCACUUUUUCCGCAGCUGGGCGAGCAGCAGGAGAAUCCGCGAGAGACACGGCUGCCGCCGCUGCCAGACCAACUGCCCAAGGAGCUGGAAGAUGCGCCCGGACUAUUUAUUGCGAAGGAGGAUGGCCAGGUGAGCGUUUGCGACUGGGACGACGUGGCGAUGCUGAUCGGAGCACAUUUGGGGUUUGACCUGCGGCGCAAGCUGAAGAAAGAGCUCGGAUACACCACGUCGCUGGGAAUUGGCCGCGUGAAGAACAUUGCCAAGCUCGCGAGCGAUUUCAAGAAGCCAAACCAGCAAACGACCGUGUUUAACGACGCAAUACCGGCGUUUUUCGACAACUUCAGUCUCACAGACUUUUGGUCGAUGGGCGGCAAGGUAGGCCGCCAGAUCCUACAGGACCUGGAGGUAGAGUCCGGCCGGCACGAGGUGCGGUACAUCAAGGACAAUUUCUCGCUGGAAGACCUGGCCAGAGAGCUCAAGGACCCGCAGCUGGCGGAAAAACUGUACAAGAUGGUGCGCGGCGAGCUGCGGCAGCCGAUCAACCCGCGCACGGACGUCAAGUCGAUGGGGUCGCACAAGAACUUCCGCGGCAAGUCGGUAAGCCAGUCGUCGGACAUCCUGGACUGGUUCAAGGUGUUUGUGAUCGAUCUUAUUUUGCGGUUGCAGGAGCUGGACGACGAGAUCGACACUCAGCGACGGCCGACGCGGCUGACGCUAUACAUGCGCAACAGCAGGAACAUCACGAGCUCGCGGCAGUGCUCGUUCCCGCUGAUCAGGGACCUGGACGAGGCCAAGAAGAAGGUGGAGGAGCUGAGCCUGCGGCUGCUGCAGGAGCUGGAGGAGCACUGGGACACGGCGCGCGCAGGACCGAUGUAUCCCAGCACGCACGGGGGGCUGGCGUUCAGCGGGUUCCAGGAGAUCAGCGGGUACUCGCGGAUCGAUGAGCUGAUGAAGGUGCGGGCUGUGCGACGUGAGACAACGGCGUCACCCCCACCGCGUGAGCCAACAACCCCCACCGAUGAGGGAAACGUUUGUGCGCAGUGUGGGGCGGAGGUGGCCCCCGCUGAGCGUGCCGAGCACAACGAUUUCCACUUUGCAAUGGCCCUCAACGACGAGCUCAACACGCAGAGCUACGGCGAACGGCUGCUGGCGACGCGCAAGCGCGAACCAGACCCCCCAGUGCCGGCCAAGCGCGCCAAACGCGACGCGAAUCAGAAAACACUGGCAGGGUGGAGCAGAAAGCUACGCUAA